AUGGCAAUUAGAACAAAUAGACAAAUUCUUACAAAAGGUAAGAGUUAUGCUAAUAAACAAGCAAAGAAAUUUGGUACUGAUGAAGUGACUUUUGAUAAGGAUUCUAGACUAGAUUAUCUUACCGGAUUUCAUAAACGUAAAUUGGAAAGGCAGAAGAAGGCUCGUGAAUUUAACAAAGAACAGAAUAGAUUAGCUAAAAUUGAAGAGAGAAAGAAGAUUCGUGACGAAAGAAAGCAACAACUAGAACAACAGUUGUGUGAAUUUAAAGAGAGUUUAGAAUUAGAAGCAGACAUUGGAGAAGAAUUAGAUAAUGAUGAUAUUGAUGAAAAAGAGAGUGAUCUAGAAUCAUGGAAUGGGUUUGAUGAGGAGGAGGAAGAUAAAAUCAAUCGUAUAAAUAGCAAUGGCAAUAGAAUUAAAUCUAUACUGAAAAAAGGGCAAAUCUCCACAUCGGUCUAUGAUGAUAAUACAACAGUAGAAAUUGAAAGCUUGGAACCAAACGAAAAUUUUGAAUAUUUAGCAAAGAUUAAUAAUGUGAAAUUAGAAUCCUCUGAAAAAGUUUUAAAUCAAAGUUUAAUAAGGGCCAAAAAAUAUGCUAAGUUCUUAGGAAUGGGUGAUACAGACAUCGGUGACAAUAAUGAUAGUAGUAGUAACAAAAAGAAAAAGAAAAAGAGGUUUAGAUAUUUAACUAAAAACGAAAGAAAAGAAAACCAAAGGAAGGCAUAUAGAAAUAAGCAUAGACAUUAG